CAUACCGGCCGCUAGAUGGCGACACCAUCAAUGAACUUUUGACGUGAACUUGAUUGGAACUUGAAUAACUUAACCAAAAUAUCUAAACUUUUUGUGUGAUGUGAAUAGUGAUAGCCGUGGGAACUGAUAUCAAACUGUAAUUUAAUUAAAAUACAAUACGUGAGAAAUGCUUUAGUUUGUUUUAAACCCCCGCAACAAUAUAUCUUGGGGCUUAAUUUGGGAGAAAACGCUGAAAUUCCACAGGAUCUAUGGUAGCGAAAAUUCGAAAAUAAUGCGAGAUCACCACAGUUUCAAGUUGAGCUAGCACUGAAAUUGCGAUGUACCGAAAUGGCGGAGUUCCUCCCCCUGUGCGACGUGCUCUUCAACGUGAUCUCGCUGGCGGGCUACUUCUGCGACGUGGUGUUCGACGUGGUCAUGGGAUACGCGCUGCUGGAACGCGGGUAUAAGGGCACCUUCGCGGCCGCUAUAUCGAUUGUCAUCACGUCGCUGCUUAUUUCACAGGUGCUCUCGCUCCGCUGGUACCUACACGUGUGGUGGGCAGGCGAGGGCCGCAAAGGGCGCGCGCCCUGGCUGCCUGUAGUGCUACACUGCCUCCAGCUCGGCGUGCUGUGGCGGUACGCGCGGCUACUGGUGCCAGUUGAACUACGCCGCGUGAAGCACCAAGUCCGGGACCUGUGCAUGCUGCGGCUGGUGCACGCGUUUUGCGAGGCGGCGCCGAUGCUGCUGCUGCAGCUGCACGUCCUGUUCCGAGACGCGGAGCCCCCGCCCGAGCCUGCUGACCCUGACCCUGCGUUCGCCGAGCUGAACGUGAUCUCGGCGUCAUUGUCGCUGUUCUCGGUGUGCUGGGCGCUGGCCAGCUUCAGCAAGAACGUGCGGCUGCAGAACGUGCACAGGCUUGUCCUCACGUGGCUGGGAGUCAUCUUUCAGUUCCUGUGGCGGCUGGGCACGAUAUCAGCGAGGGUGUGCGCCCUCACCGUCUACGCUCUAGUCUAUGAAUAUUGGGUGUUCUUAGUUAUAGGUCUGCACUGGGUAUCCAUGUUCUUAUGGCUAAUAUCUCCUAAGAACGCGUUCCACGGCGAGCGCAUCAGCCGGCCGCGCAAGGCCUACCUGUCCGCGCUCAUCGCCUUCGUCUACGUGUUCGCCUACGUCAACCUGCAGGAGCUCAACCAUAGGCAGAAGAUGGUGACGUUCUACUGCGUGAUGUGCGUGGAGAACUGGCUGCUGCUCACAGCGUGGUGGUGGUCGGGCCGCGCGCGCCGGCCCGCGCCGCUGGCCGCCGCCGCCGCCGCUGCCUUCGCGGCUGGAUUAGCGUUUAUGCUGCUGUAUUAUAGAUAUUUCCACGUAAGAAGAUUAGGUUAUAUGCUAGGUGAAAAUAAACAAGGCACAAAUAGUACAAAUGCUUCAUCCCAAAAUAAAAAUGGUAAGUCAUCACAAGCAGACAACGCGGCAAUACCAGGCGUAUUCAAUUGUAGGUUCUCCAAUCCAGUCAGCAACAGCGCUGCCAAUGGAAGAAAGAAGAAAAAGCCGACGUCAUUCGUCCCUCCCCCCGCCGCCCCUGCGGCCGCCUUCUGGAGGCGCCCUCUGCCGGCCGCACACAAUCAUCACGGUGGGUCCUCCGAAAACGAAGGCUCAAGCGUCGGUUCGCGCGUGAACAUCCAACAAAAACUGCAAGAGAAAAAACAGAAACAACUCGCCGAGUUACGAGUUAUAGAAGAAGAGAUCAAGCAAGGGAAACUGGCCAAAACCACCCCAGUCGCUGCCGAAGAGAUAUACAGCAGCUUACAGCGGCAGCCCAUACCUCGAGCCAAAACCCAUGCCGAACCCCCCGCCUGGCCCACCAUAGAAAUAACCCACUCGUAUCAAAACUACCCCGUUCUACCACAUACCUGCAACAUUUACCCCACUUACACAGAAAUAAAACCAGAAUACACGGUCCAAAACUUCCCCACUGCAGAAAAUAACACGAACGAUCUCAACGACCCGCUAAAGAUGCGUCGAAUGACAAAUCGAUACGACAACACCAGAACGUUUUAUGAAAACCCAGCAAAUAUUAGAACUGACGUCAACAGGACGCCUUUACGAUCUCCAAAUUACUUAGCGUUAGGUGAAACUAGGACUUACGAUACGAACGGCUGCGGAAGCCCUCGUAAUGUCCUAAACAGUAGUCCAAGAACGUAUAUACCCGAUGUAUCGAACAACAACUAUGAAAGCACACCGUUAGAUAAACCUCGGAUACAGAAUAACAUUUACGGGGAGAACCAAAUAGGGGAGUAUUCUGGGUACUGCGAGAGCAGUCAGUAUCCGAAAUACGAGUCGAAAGAGGAGUACGUUUCGGCUUUGCAUACCGCUUUAGCUAACGUCCAAAGCAUCGACAAUAUUAGGAGUACGUAUAAUGAGGGUGCGUGUAACCAGUAUGGGCAGAAUUGUGAGAGGAUGUUCCCUUACCCGGGUUUAGCUGGGAAGAAGAUGGAACAGAUGAGGAAACUCCAGCGGUGCCGGACGCCUGAGAUAUUGCUGGCGCCGCAUUACUUGGAAGGCUGCAACCGGCAGGUCUGCUGUCAUUGGGGGCCGCCUUACACAACCCGCAAGAAGGAAGAGGGAGCGGCCAGCAGCGGCGAAGAAUCCAGCCCUGACGGGCCCGCGCGUGACACGCCGCGCCCGCCCAGCGAUAUUGACAGCCAGAUCUCCUUACCGCGAUCGUACACACUGCCACGAGAAUUCCGCUACUGGCGACGGAGGCCGCGCCUGCGAGACGCUCACGUUCCUAGCAACAACAGUAGCGAUGGUGACGUAGACAGCGCAGACAACGACAGCGACCACCGCUCCAACUGCUCAGCGUCGUCGCAGUUACAAAGCGCGGCCUACGACGCCUGCCCCUACGCGCCCGACAUGCUGCCUGCCGCCGAGCGCCGCCGCCGCGCGCGCCGCCCCGGGCCCAAGCCCGAGACCAAACUAUAA